CAUGUCUUCUAAAUCGUUCAUAGUUCUAUGCAUCCAAGCUUUCUUGGUCCAGAAUGCUCUAAGCACGAUCAUCGGACCAGCAGUCUACGGCAACGGUUUCGGCCUUGGCAACUGUGCAGGUGCAGGCCUUACAGCUGCAGCAGCAGAAAUAGCUGGUUGGUAUGGAUACAACUCCCCCGCUCAAUAUCCUUUGGAACGUGAAAUAGUUGAAUAUGCUUAUCCAUUGGAUUACUACCCCAGAGCAAGAGAAUUUGUUGGACCAUAUGGACCUAUUAUCGAAGCUCCGAUUGGUCCUUUUUCUGGUUUUGGACCGUACGGUUAUGGUCCGUAUGAAGCGAUAGGAGCGUACGGCGGUGAAGGCAUCGGUGACGUCAGCGUGUUCGGAGAGAUGCCAGUAGCUGGUACCACUCUGGUCAACGGUCAAGUGCCUAUCCUCGGUGCUGUGCGCUUCGCGGGAGAUCUGCCAGCUGGUGGUGUCGUCACCAUCGCUGGUAGCUGCGGCUGUGGAUGUGCUUAUUGAUUUAUUAAAUAUAUGGUUUAAAUGUU